UUUCAGCCAAAAAGAAACAGGCUUACUGUCACGUGCGGUGCAUCACGUGCACGCGAAUGCGGAUCACGAGUCCGCAAAUAGAAUGGAGGUUACGGGAGGAAAUGUGGGUUAUGUGGGACGGAAUCGAAAGAAAAGGGUCAUCUUCAAUUUUUUCCUUGUCGGAGCGAACAAUAAUAGACUCGGUCACGGGCAAGUCUCCCCAAGUCUCUCGUGAUCUCUCGUAGGUGGAACUCGCCACGUGUGGGUGGAACUUCUCAAUCGAGAACUCUUAAAUCUGGCAUUUUGUCUCUGUCUUAUUUUCUACUAUAUCCAGAACAGAAUAUAUAUUUGAUAUUAACAAAUAGAACUUUUAUAUAUCUCCGACUUAUUAUGGAAUUAAUCAGGAAGCGUAAUUUUAUAUCAUUUUAUUCUUUUGAUGAAACAGUAUAUUUUGUUAAAGAACUUUCUUUUAUUCUUGGAGAAAAUCAUAAGUACUCUCGGAGCAGCUAUAACUCACGUUCCUUCCUUCCUACUGUGUGUUGUGGACAGAAAAUAUCAUAAAAAGCGAAAUGCGAAAGAAUUCCAGGAAAUUUAAGAAAACGAAAACGGAGAGGCGCGACGGCGCGCCUCGUUAUGGACGCCACCGCGUUAUGCCGCAUAACGCGGUGGGGAUAAAAUCCCGAAAUAUCGUUUCGAGAGCGAAAAACUUGAGAUGAGACACUGCGCCGAUUAUCACCGGCGAGCUUCGCGUCCGAGCGCGCGGAAACGAGUUCUCGGUCUUCAUCUCCGUUGAGAAACACGGCAAGAUAUGACGGAAAGCGAUGUUAAGUACAUAGUGAUACCUCUUCAUCAUCGGCCUGACUUGAUUAAAGACUGUUGUAAGUUGCUUAAUUCUGAAUGGCCUCGAAGUGAAACUGCACGAAUGAAAUCUCUAAGUGUGUCUUGUGACGAUUUUCCCACAUGUCUAGUUCUAAUUAAUGGCGAGAACAAGGUUCUCGGGCAUUGCAAAAUAUCUCUGGUGGCUAGAUCGAAAAUUAGCUGUUUCAUAGAGUCUGUUGUAAUCGAUUAUCGAUGUAGAUCUAAAGGAUUAGGGUCUAGACUGUUGCGUGGCGUGGAGGAGUAUGUCGCAAAAAGAGGCCUGAAGAACAUCUACCUAAAGACGGAUGGUCAGGAGGUGUUUUACUAUAAGAACGGAUAUAAGGUGUGCGAUCCAUUUAAAGCGUAUGGCAUUAAUGAUAUCAUAACUGCCAGUCCACCCCUCGGUAGGACCAGAUUCAAGGAGCGAAAUGGUGAUCAGUCCGCCGGACAAUUACCACCGCCACCUCCGCCACCCCCGAUGCCGGCGUUUCAAUUGUCAAAAUUUUUCGACAUGCGAAUGCUGUCUCAAAAAACACACAUGGUCAAGAAAUUAUGAUACUGGCAUUAUACAAUAUUAAAAUUUCAGAGUAUGCUCCACUCGCACUGAAAACGAGAGCUUUCACAAUUAAAAUUAGAUACAGAAAAACGAAUUCAAUUUGAUUUAAAUAGAAUAAAAUGAGAGAAUAGACAAUUUAACACAUUGCAACUUAACGAAGAACUUGGACCGUUCUAUUUAGGAAAUCAUAUUCAUUAGUUAUGUAAAUAUAUUGUGUAAAUAAUUUUUUGAAACAUGAAAUCAUUCGUUUGAAAUCAUUCGCGAAUAAAUAUGCAUUUGUCUUUUCA